CUAGAGCACACGGACUUCACUCUCCUCGGACGUCUCUCGCUGCCUCCGCAACCAUGUCUGACAAACCCGAUAUGGCCGAGAUUGAGAAAUUCUCUAAGUCGAAAUUGAAGAAGACAGAAACGCAAGAGAAAAAUCCACUGCCUUCAAAAGAAACAAUCGAACAGGCGAAGCAAGCAGGCAAAUCGUAAUGAGGCGGCGCCGCCAAUAUGCACUGUCCAUUCCAUAAGCAUUGCCUUCUUAUUUUCCUUCUUUUAGCUGUUUAACUUUGUAAGAUGCAAAGAGGUCGGAUCAAGUUUAAAUGACCCUGCUGCCCCUUUUCACAUCAAAGAACCACUGAUAACUAA